GCGGCUGCGUUGGAUAACCAGCCGGAGCAGGCCAAGUCGAAAGAGUGAGGGAGACGGAGCAGGUAGGUAGGAGAGAGAGCCAGAAUCGGAAUGGAAAGACAGCCAGGUUGCUCGACGGGGUGGCAGGAGUGAGGGGCGAAGCCGAAGAGCGGCUUAGCCUGGCGCUGCCUCGGUCGUAGCCACGAGUAGAGUGUUGAGAGAGCAACUGAGGUCCCGUUGGCCCUGGUGGUCGGCCCGCACCGGGUGAGGCGUCAUGAAAGCGCGCCAGUCGACCGUGCGCACCUACAGCCGUACGAGAGCACGCUGAACGCUUCGUUUGCUGUCCACAUUUUCCGGCCCUUCCUCGCCGUCGCACCUCCGUCCGUUUUCGGAGCACGGCACGUUGACACGCGACGACCGGCGCGUUGGCGGAUCUCUCGAGACGUUUCCCAGUUGUUCAUUGGGAUCGCAGGAUGACAGAGGCGGCAGAUGGAUGUCCAGCUGGAUCGGCGACUCCGCCGAUGAACGAGAUCGCGCGUUUGAGGGAUGUUGUUCUCUUUCUCGUUGAGGAAUCGUGAUUGGGGCGGGUGAAGCAGCGCGGUCAGUGGCCCGGUUUUUUAUUGACACUUUGGGACGGUGAUCUCGGAUAAGGAAUACUCUCUUGUGCUUUUAACUAGAAAGUGUUGUUUUACAGUGUUUAUUUUGAAAUCCAGGCUUCGUUCAUUUUUAUAACGACAAGCGUGUAACUCUUUCCUCGGUGGCUUAAUGAGGGUCUAGGGAGCGGCAAAGACAAUGGCUUCGGAGUAAUGCUCAGGUGUGUGCUCCUUUGUUAACCAAGACGGAGCGUUUGUAUUCUUAACUACUCUAAAUCUCUUGAUUUCUCAUGAUUUUUGUCUCGACGGAUGAUUCAAGGAUAGUUUCAUAUAUCGUUAAUUGUGACGUUUCACGCGGUAGUUUUUCUCAUGCGCGAUAUCGUGCACGUGAAUAGAGUAACGGAAGGAAGUGGACGCAUGAAAUCACAGACGAUUUAAUCCACUGAUAAUCCAGCCAUAACUCAUAUUCCACAAAGUUCUCGUAUCGUGUUUCGUUGUGAAGUUGAACUUGCAUUUCAUCAGCGACAUCGGAUGAAGCGGAGACAAGAUAGAAGAAAUCCAUUGGCUUAACAUAUUUAUGAACGUGAUACAUACAAAAAAUCAGAAUAAUUAAGAUUUUUAAAAUUUCGACAAAUAAAGAUUUCGUAGUCCAACGACAUAAUUAACUGUUAACAAUAAAACGAAAACAAGGUACAUUGUAGUGAAUAAAUGCAAGAAAAAAAAAUCAAUCGCACACACCCUGGACAAAAUCACCGUUUCCGAUCACCGAGCAAUUUCUCAGCUAUUUUCAAUGUUUCGUGAAGCUUGCUUCGUUACCUCAUUGUUGUCACGUUGACCGCGCCGAAGGGUGCUACCCCUAGUUCGUUAUUCCGUUCCACACUUUAGAGCACUCAAAUCGUGAAGUAACGAAGGGAGGAGACUAAUCCAGUACAGAAAUGAUAUCGCAUUUUUUGUUCAAUAGACAGAUGCGAUGAGAAAAACGUAUUUAAGAAAGAGUAUUAUAAAAUAGAAGUAAAAAUAGAACAAUAUGCUUUCUUUGCGAGAAAGCGAAGUAAUUUUAUAAUCUUCUUCGGUUCACUGCUACGCUAAUGUUAUGUGAUUUCUUUACGUCAUAUACUUCAAGAAUAACGUCGAAGAAAACAAAGGUGCCUGAUGAGCGAAAGAACCGGUAUUCUAUUUAAGAGCAACAUGAAGAAAGGCAGAACAAAAAGACACGAUACGCACGAGAGAUAAAGUAGAGGCACACCUAUUAUACUUUCUUUAUUAGCAUAGUCACUUAUGUAUGUAGCGGUCAUUGACAUACAUUUUCAACGUUAGAUAGACGUCAAAUUGUAAAAAGCAGUCAUAGUAAAAACGAAAAAUAUAAAUGAAAAUUAUAUUAGAUGUCUGUAGCAGCUAAGUUUUUUUUUAAGUAAUUUUAUACAAAGAAAACGUUGUGCAAUAGUCAAAAUUGAUACAAGGAGCAUUCCACUUCUAGAUACAUUUAAAGAGCACAACUGAAUGUGCGAAACACAUUUAGAAGGAUCAAACUAUUUCAAUCCGAUACGAAGAUUUUGCGAUUUGUCGAAGCAGAGUUUAGCGGGUAACGAGCGCCAAGAUACCUAGAAACGAUCUAUGAAAUGUUUUUUAUUCUGGGAAAAUUUACAUAACUCCUGGUGCACCUGACGCAGCGGAUGCACCAGACCCGAGUGGGAGGGAACUCAAGAACUAAGAGCAGCGACGUGCAAGAGCCGCGCAUUAAUCGAGCCUUAAUCAUUUCCUGCUGUUUUGGAUUCGCGAUAACAUAUAGCUUCAGUCCAAGCAGAAGGCUCGGCGACACACAGUUCGCCGACUGAUAUGGCAGCAGCCAACGUUCCUGCCAUCGCGAUCCCUCGGCUCCUCCGUCAGCGUCGUCGUCACUACCUUCGACACCGGCGUAGCUGUUCGACAACCAAACAGGUGUUACCGCGAGGUGCCCGGAGUGGGACACGCGAUUUCUUGUGAUACCGCACGCACGGUGCACGGAGACUCAAAGAGAUAAGUCCCAGUGUCGUCGAUCGAUCGAUGUGACACGCACAUUCCUCGCGCAUUCCUUCGUUACUUAACUGGACGCCGAAGGUGUCUUCGUGGGUGUCAUUCCGUGAGGUGUCAGUGAGGUGUCUGGGUGAGGGCUGGAUCAAGAGAGAUUGCAACAAGAAGAUUUCAACAUUAGUGAAUUUUGUAUUCAUCAAGGAUGAUGGACCAUAAAAUCUUCUCUCUGCAACCGGUAUCCAAAUUCAGUAGCAUCCUUCUGCUGCUGCUGAUUCUUCUGGCCGAGGUCACGUACUCGGCUGAUCUCGCGAUCGAGAUACCGGGCAAUCUGAGCCAGGGUGGUUCCUGGUACCGUUUGGAUUACAGCCCACCCGUCGGCUCUCCACCGCCAAAUACCACCAUAGCCGCCACCGACAUCGGUGAUGUCAUAAAGUUCAGGGACGGCCUGCCUGGGACGAGAUACGAGUAUUGGCUGUACUACAGCAACAGUACUCUUCACGAUUGGCUGACAUGGACCGCGUCAAUUACGACACCACCCGAUCCUCCAUCAAACUUGACGGUAUCGGUACGAAAUGGGAAGACCGCGAUCGUAUAUUGGUCGCCUCCGGCUCAGGGGAAUUAUUCCGGUUUCCGGUUGCGGACGCAGAGCUUCAGCGAUACCGGAAAUCCCAAGACCACCGUCAUCCCCGUCGAUUCGGUACCCUACACCCUACGUGAUCUCACUCCCGGUGCCACGUACUCGCUUCAACUCUUCACCGUGUUAGAUGCCAAAGAGAGCGUCGCUUACACCAGUAGGAAUUUUACGACAAAACCGAACAUCCCGGGAAAGUUCAUCGUCUGGUUCAGAAAUGAGACGACGCUGCUGGUGCUAUGGCAACCGCCUUAUCCGGCCGGAAUAUACACACACUACAAAAUUAGCAUAAAUCCACCGGACGCGAUAGAAUCCGUUCUCUACGUGGAAAAGGAAGGCGAGCCACCUGGUCCUGCACAGGCAGCUUUCAAAGGACUUAUUCCAGGUAGAGCGUACGACAUUUCUGUGCAAACUGUUUCCGAGGAUGAAACAUCCGCGCCCACCACAGCCCAGUACCGUACGGUACCGUUGCGUCCGCUCAACGUAACAUUCGACAAAUCGUCCAUAACAUCGACUUCUUUUCGUAUGUUUUGGAACCCUCCCAAUGGAACAUCCGAGUUCGACAAGUAUCAAAUAUCGCUCGGUAGUAACCGGAGGCUUGCGCCAGUCACGCGGAACCGGGACGACGAGAACAGAUGGGAAUUUAAGGACUUGGAGCCUGGCAAAACAUAUCAAGUGGUGGUGAAGACGGUUUCUGGCAAAGUCACCAGUUGGCCGGCCAGUGGAGAUGUCACUCUGAAACCGCUACCUGUUCACGAUCUGAGGACGGUGAUCGAUGAGAAAACUGGUAUGGUAGAAGUCUCCUGGAGUCCAGAGAAUUCCAGCAUGCAGGAUAGUUACAAGCUGCAAUACCAUGAAGUGGAAACAACGAUUGGUGGUGACAGUAACACUUUGACGACUGAUAAGACAAAGGUCACGCUGGAAGCUCUGCUACCAGGAAGAAAUUAUUCCAUAAUAGUUCAAGCGAUUAGUAAUAAAGUCGAGUCGAACGAAACCGUUUUAUAUCAAGCGACACGUCCUGCUAGUCCUGUAAUCGAAGAUCUGAAGCCUAUCGAGAAAGGUCUAAACAUUUCCUGGAAGAGCGACGUCAAUUCUAAACAAGAGAAAUUUGAAGUGACCCAUAACAGGAAUGACACUGGAGAAAGUGCCACCACUCUGACUACGGAAUCGCAUAUUGUCUUGGAAGAUCUUUAUCCUGGUGCGGCAUAUGAGGUCAAGGUCUUUGCCAUUAGCCAUGGACUCCGAAGCGAGCCGCACGAUUACUUACAAGCCGUCCUGCCUCAUCCCCCGAAGAAUCUCAGUAUCGAAAAAGUCACGAGCAAUACCGUCGUCGUACACUGGGAAGCGCCGACAGACUCAAUAUUCACUGAAUACUCUAUUAGAUAUCGUACAGAGGACGAUCCCAGAUGGGUCAAACUCCCCAGUGUUCGUGACACGGAAGCGGAAGUAGCGGAUAUGACGCCCGGCGAAAGAUAUACCAUACAAGUGAACACCGUCAGUUACGGCGUCGAAAGCUUGUAUCCGUUGCAAGUGAAUCAUACAGUCAGGCCUAAUCCAGUUCUAAAUAUCACCCCGAUUAUCGAUUCUACCAAUGUAACUCUCGAAUGGCCAAGGCCUGAGGGUCGUAUCGAAACCUACGUUAUAAGAUGGUGGCCAGUGGAGAAUCCAGAAGAAUCCAGAACAAAGAAUGUUAGCGAGACCAACGACGUACCCGAUAUUAGUUUCGAAGAGAAUGCUGUGCAAACCGAGAAGAUCCUGGUGAGCGACUUGAUGCCGGGAGUACAGUACUACUUCGUCAUCUACACGAUUUCGUAUGAUCUAGUCAGCGACAUCAGCAAUUUAACCACAAGAACGAUGCCAUUGAUCCAGUCCGAGGUUGUCGUAGUGGUCGACCGAGACCAAUCAGGAACAUUGACGUUAAGAUACACUCCAACACCGAUUCAAUCCUCGAAGUUCGAUCUCUACCGGUUCAGGAUUAGUGAUGAGAACAACACCACGAAGGAGCGUUUGGUGGAUGAUGUUGAUACCAAAGUUUCAUUUGUUGGAUUAACCCCUGGCAAACUAUACAACGUAACUGUUUGGACAGUAAGCGAUAAUGUGGAGAGCAGACCUCUCCUCCGGCAAGACCGACUCUAUCCUGAACCAAUCACUGCGAUCCAUGCGAUCGACGUAAAUGAUACGAGGAUCACUUUGACCUGGGACAUCCCGCACGGAGAGUAUAAUACUUUUGAAGUACAGUACAUAAAUACGGAAGGAAACUACAUCCAAAAUAUCACCUCGGUCAACGUGAUCACCAUAUAUGAUUUGAAGCCUCAUAGAAAUUAUACAUUCACAUUGGUUGUACGUUCGGGUACAGAAUCUUCUUACUUGAGAGUCUCAAAUCCGCUCAGCACCAGUUUCACCACUAGCGAAUCGUAUCCAGGAAAGGUGGAGAAGUUUCAUCCCGUCGAUAUUCAACCGAGUGACAUCAGUUUCAUAUGGUCUCUACCCAGCCAGGAGCAAAAUGGCAUUAUUAGAAAAUUUAGCAUCACUUAUGGUUUAGAAGGUUCGACUCAUAUUCAGACGCAGGACUUCAAGCCGACCGAGCUUCGUGGUGUCAUCAAGUCUCUCGUACCGGGCAAGACUUACAUUUUCCGGAUUCAAGCAGAGACAAGGAUCGGCUUUGGUCCUGAAGCGAUCUGGAAGCAGAAGAUGCCAAUAUUGGCACCGCCAAAACCGUCUACACAAGUGGUGCCGACGGAAGUGUGUAGAAGUAGCACAACAAUCCAAAUCAGAUUCAGGAAGAACUACUUCAGCGAGCAGAAUGGUGCGGUCACGUCGUACAGCGUUAUUGUUGCUGAAGACGACAGCAAGAAUGCUUCUGGUCUGGAGAUGCCCAGUUGGAGGGAUGUCCAGGCCUACAGCAUUUGGCCACCCUAUCAGGUAAUGGAGCCAUAUUACCCUUUCAAAAACGGAUCUGUAGAGGACUUUACGAUCGGUUCCGAGAAUUGCGACAACAAAAUUGGAUACUGUAACGGACCACUGAAAUCGGGAUCUACUUAUCGGGUGAAAGUGCGGGCAUUCACAGCACCAGACAAAUUUACGGAUACCAGCUACAGCUUCCCCAUUCAAACAGGAUUGCUGCUGGCAGAUAAGGACAACACGGCCAUCAUAGUCGGUGUCACCGUCGCCAUAGCGUUGCUGCUGUUCCUAUUGGGCAUCGGGCUGUUUAUGCGAAGGAGAAGAAGCCAGGGUCGCAAGACAACAGAAACCAGGGCAACCGAUAAUCUAUCAUUGCCGGAUAGCGUCAUUGAGACCAGCCGGCCCAUCAAAGUCGAAGAUUUUGCCGAGCAUUAUCGCACAAUGUCGGCGGAUUCCGAUUUUCGGUUCUCGGAAGAGUUUGAAGAACUAAAGCACGUCGGAAGAGAUCAACCGUGCACUGCGGCAGAUUUGCCCUGUAACAGGCCGAAGAAUCGCUUCACGAAUAUUCUUCCAUACGAUCAUAGUAGGUUCAAGCUUCAGCCUGUCGACGAUGAAGAGGGCUCCGAUUACAUCAACGCCAAUUAUGUUCCGGGCCACAAUUCGCCACGGGAGUUUAUUGUGACUCAAGGACCGUUGCAUUCGACUCGCGACGACUUCUGGCGAAUGGUAUGGGAGAGCAACAGCAGAGCGAUUGUAAUGCUAACGAGAUGCAUAGAGAAAGGUAGAGAAAAGUGCGAUCACUACUGGCCAAUGGACACCCUGCCGGUUUAUUAUGGAGAUAUCUGCGUCACGAUACUCAACGAGACGCACUAUCCGGAUUGGAGUAUCACGGAAUUUAUGUUGUGCAGAGGUGAUGUGAAGAGAGUGAUACAACACUUCCACUUUACUACCUGGCCGGAUUUCGGCGUUCCCAGUCCACCGCAAACUUUGGCGAGGUUUGUGCGAGCGUUUAGGGAACGAGUCAGACCGGAUCAGAGGCCAAUAGUCGUUCACUGUAGCGCUGGUGUAGGUCGUAGUGGCACGUUCAUCACCUUAGACAGAAUACUGCAGCAAAUUCUCGUUUCGAAGUACGUCGAUAUCUUCGGGAUCGUUUGGGCGAUGAGGAAAGAGCGGGUCUGGAUGGUUCAGACGGAGCAGCAGUAUAUCUGCAUCCAUCAGUGUCUCUUGGCUGUUCUGGAGGGGCAGGAUACCACUGGGCCACCACGAGAGAUUCAUGAUAAUCAGGGAUUCGAAGGCAAGAAUCGAAGUUCGGUCGAAAGCACUAAGAGUCCUGCCGAAGCUGAGAAGGAGAGGUGACCUUCGAACAGCGAUUCCUGCAUCGAGGAUGAUGAAGGAAUAGCCGAGUCAGGGAUGUGAUGGUUCGACUGCUGGUUAGAAGUAAUGUUUGAUGGCGACAAGAGCGAAUCUCAUUUUCCAAAGGUGCUUGAAUCCCCAGGAUUCUUCAAGUUUCCAUGGAAAAGAAAAAUGUAACUGCAGAGAGAUGACAGUCCAAAUCGGAUAAGAACAAAAGCAAACAGCGUAAGAAAAGUGAAAUUUGAAAAUCAAUUAGAUCGCGUGCGAGAGGAUAAUCGACGCGAAAAAAACUUCCUGGAGGAAGCAUUUUACAUCAAAUUAUGAGUGAGCACGCAUUUUUAUUUCUCUGUCAGCUACAUAUCCAAGUUAAAAGCGUGUUCAAUCCGUGAUACGCGUAGAAUAGUUUCACACGCCUAAGAUAAUUAUAUCGGGAAAGUGUAAAAAGCAGGAUGCCGUAAAAGGCAAUAAGACGGGGGGACGCGAAGAGACGGUGUCAAACCGAAUAUGCUGCCAAGUGUGGAAUUACGAAUCAAAUGCAUGCGCGAUGUUUUCUACGCGUUAUGCAACUCGAUCGGAGAGAUUACUCUUUAUUAAUAUAUAACUCAUGUAUACAUAUCUAUAUAAGUAGCAGGAAGCUAAGACGCGCAAUGUUGAUAGUAUGUAAGUCGUAUAUUAUAACGAGUGCUGAGAUGCAUAUUCCACUGGUUGUGUCACGAUGGGGUCUCGGACCACAUCGCAUCCGCAAUGAGUCUAUCGAACAUCUUUGUCGAGUCGCAAUAUGUAAGACAGACAGCAUUUUAGAUCGACAGGAUUGUGCAGACGUUGUUGCGAACUGGCGUCUUGGUUCCUCUCCCGAUGCGAAACAUUCUUCUGAGAUUACCACCAAUAACACUUUGUUCAUGUUUCGCGUUCCAUUCGCAUGGGACGCGUUAAAGAUUAUCCUACGUUGUCUUAUUAUCUUUUCCAGAAUUAAUGUAGUGCGGUCCGAUAAAACUUAAAAGCGAUUCGUUGCAAAAGCGAGACGCAAAGCACUCGACGAUCACGCUAGUUGAGUUAUCGUUCGGAAUGGCGAAACGUCCGUCCAAGAGCCAUACGAGACGCGUACUAGACGAUGGUUUAAUAAUAGUCUUAAUAUUAAAACGAAUUAUCUAGGAAAAAAAAAUCGGAAGGACGAGCGGGUGUGAGUGUGCGGACUUUUUAAUCGAUCCUUCUUUCUGAGAUGAGCGAAACGAUAUCAGUGGGAACAAAAAACUCGCAUUUUCGUAGAAGCCAUAUCAUUUUUUCGAAGGAGUCAGAAUACGUGUGUAUAUGUGCGUGUGCGUGUAUAUGUGUGCGCGCGCGUGCGUGUAAGUAAUCAAUCGAUAAUCAAUUGGAGCUAUUAUCAUCUCUUAUCAUCGCGAAUUAGUGAUCGCCGUUGAAAAGCAAUAGAACUUCAUAAAUAUAUAGGUAAUCGUCAUCGCGAUAAUCCCCACUUCCAGAUAGUUUCAGAUAGAUAGGCCUUAAUUUCGUAGUUGACAUUCGUCGAUAAUCGUUCGCAGGACAUGUAGAAGAAUCGAAUGAUCAUUUCCAGUAUUUAAUGUCGCUUUUGCGGCGAUAUACAAAUACGUGUACUUAAUUUUCUAUUGCUCUCGAUAAGAGCGUGACGAAACGCAAUUGAUUGCACGAUGUAGGUAGAUAAACUUAGUUCAGUAAUCAGGGUUAGUUGAAUUUUCGCCGUCAGAUUCUUCAAAAACCUGAAAUUUAAAGGAAAAAAAAUAGGAGAUAGAAUUUCGUGUUCAUCGAUGUUGUAUUUUUGGAUGAGCAUUUUUAUACCGGUCACAACGGUGAACCGCAAAACUAUAAACGAUUGCAGAGGCUGUUAAAAUUUACAUUUUACUGUAAAAGCGUUGCCCAGGACUUAUAUUAAUCCGCUACUCGCUUAUGAGCAUUAAUAACGUGUGUGUAACUAAUAAUAAAUUAGAAAAGUCAAUAUGAAACAGUUGCAUAUUUUAAAUGAAUUUUUUUUGAAAGCACAAUAUUAAUAUUUUUAAAUUGCUUCAGGCGGAUUAAUAAAAAUUCUGUGCGAUUCAUCAAAAUUAUCCGUAACAUCUGUAUGAUAAUCUUACAUGACUGUAUUCACGUUGAUAGUAAUUGUGCUAUUGAUAUGCUAUUGCAGAGCGCUAUCGAUGUCAGUUUAUUCACGAAAGAUGCGAAUGAAAUAUUAGAGACGGUUAAUACAAAGAGAGCGAUAGCGAUUCUACUAACUUCAAUCCCUGUUGCUUGAGCUAUUGCUUGCAUCUAAAAAAAAAAAAAAUAAAAAAAAAUCAGAAAGAGAAACGGCACGCAUUGAAGUGCUAUUGUUGAAACAAUUCGACGGUCGAUGAUCCUACUUAAUACUCAGACAAAAGUUUUCUAGAAAGACAACUUUUUUUUUAUUAUAUUUUUGUGGAUAUUAUUGACGUUUUAGGCAGGAUAUAAAUUUAUAUAUCGAUAUCUGUGUUGCAACUUCUUUUCAUUUUUAUAUGUUUACUUUAAGAUCUGACCACCUGGACAGAAGGUUGUAUUUUAUCUAACCAUUACGUAACGUUGACGUUAUUGAAUAUGUAAAGUAUCGUAAAUUUCAUAUCUUGUACAUUUCCUCAACGCUAUAAGAUAGCGUGCCUGCGAUUCCUAGUUAAAUAGAUCAUUAUUUAUAAUUAGAUUCUUAUACAAAUAAUUGAGCUCAAAUAUUUUCUAUUCUGUUAUAGUUAUCAAUUAUACUCUUUUAAAUUAUAUACUACGAUUUAAAAACUAUUAGACGACUUUAAAUUAGAAAUUAUGAGUAUCUAACUGUAACUAACGUUAAAAAUUUUGUCAUAAAAAUGUUAAUUAGACUAAAGAAAAUUAUUAUUUACAGUAACGUCACCAAUAUUAGAAAUUUUCUUUCGUUUAUUAACUAAUCUAAAUAAAUUUUUUCAGUAACAAUGUACUCGGACAUUAAUUGCGCAUACAGGAAAGCAGUUAAACGCUUCUUUCUCAAAAUGCAGACAGAUUGUUAACCAUAAACCAGAAACAACAUUAUGUCUCACAUUUAGACUUGCGCAGACAAAUCUAUACGUGAGUAACCAGCAAAAAAAUCCAGCCAUUUUGUGCAAUCGCUGUUCUUUCAUAGAGUUAAAGUAUUAUAUAUAGGAUUCGUUAGGUUUUAAUCUAGAGACAAAGUUGAGAACGGGAAUAACACGCAUUGAAUUCUAAUCUAUCAGAUAUACAAAUAGUUUAGCGCUUGGACUAUUUUGCAUUAUUUUAUUCUGUGAUAAAUCAUGAUCGUUGAUCAAGAACGAAGAACAAAAGGUCCGUCAGGCACAGACGCGGUAGGUCUUCCCAAACGAAUUAAUAGUGAGGUCGUUUUAUCGUCUUACCGCCCGCGUUAGUACGUGCCAAUCGUUGCUGUUGAAACAAUCAUUAACAUCGACAUCCGGAAGUUGCGUGACGAGAUGUUAAUGUACCGCGUGCCGAAGCGUACGUCUGCUGGGCGACAUUGUAUAUAAUUUUAUAUAUUAAGAUCGAAUUUUUUAUUUCCACGAACAGUCGUCCUCAGAAGCGAUUCUCCGUGAAAAACGCCGGUAAUGCGGUAUACGAAGAGGGAAAAUUUAUUCUGGAUCGAUCACAUCGAGAGAUACUUUUUGACCGAGAUACCUUACGGCAGAGUUAUGUGACUGCGUCAUCAUGACAAGUCGACACAAAGCGAUCCGAAACGAGUACUCAGAGCGGGCGAGAACGACAGGAAAUCGCUGCUUCCGAAGUUUCGCCACGAUUUUUCACGGGGAAUCGACAAGUUUACACAAGCGCAUACGCGUAGGUAGAUCUAUCUAUAAUCUCUUUUGUAAAUACAUUUUAUACCGGCUGGGAGGACGAACCGUUGCGCGAGGGUGGUUUCACGAAUAAAGACUCUCAUACCUAUCCCUCGCAACGACACGGUUCGCAAACUCAUGCAGUUAUUUCUGUCACGUAACAUCGUAAUACAUAUUAGUAUGUAUCUGAGAAUUUGUACAAGGCGUGCGAAGCACGGAGGGGCACAGGCUGUCCCGCAAUAUCACAUUAUACAAGCAUACGAAAAAGAAGGGACACGCUUGCAUAAUAAACGUGGGCUCUUCCAGUAA